AUGGUUGCGAGCACGCGAAGCAUCGUCCUGGAAAGGAGGCCUGACCUGCCACUGUACGGCCUUCGAACUGUACGCCAUCUUCGUGCCGGCAAGAGCAAUGACCACGACAUUCGGCUCUUGCUUUCGACAUCGACGGGGAGGCACCAGAAGACACGUGACACUGAAUCAUUGCUUCAGACGCCAACCAAGUGUUGCAGCAGCCAAGGCAUGCCCCGCCGAGAUCGAAUAGCGAUCGGCAAGGCCAUCGUCAAUCGCCCCCGAAGGGACGACCAUUGGGUCACUACGGAUACGGCACCUCUCUCAUUUGCGGCCGCCACGAAGGAGUUUCCUGCCAACAACAAAUGUUUCAAGGCCCAGGCUAAAGCUGAGUCGGGAUUGAUCGGGAAUCGGGAGCUCGCGUUGUUAGAGUCAUACUAUCGGUUGGCCGCGGCAGAGUGCCGGGCAGAAAACCCGCCAAGAACAUCCACGGCUGAUCCGGGGGGCGACCGAAGAUAUAGACGACCCAAGGCCAACAACGAAGGCGGGUGCUCGACCAACCGGGCUCCUCCUCAUGAGCCCAACGAUGAGGCAAUUUGUACCACCGAAACUUUGGGUGAGCGUUUCGACGAGGAGGGCGUUUCCGCGCAUGGCAGUGUGUCAGGAUCGGGAUAUAAAGGGUACAAAGGCCGGGAGGCGGGAGCAACGACGCGGUUGCGCCAGUCCCCUGACAGGGGCAAAGCGAAAUCGUCAAGGCCCUGCCCGUCAUCCCGAUCACCGCUGAGAGGCAGGGUAUCCCCAAAUGCAUCCAGGCCCCAAGAAAAGAUCAGAAAGGACCUCUUCAAUGGCAUUUCCCACAGCCGAGCAGUUGCCGAAGAUGCUGGUGACGCGAGGGCGGGGGAGUGGACACCCGAUACCAUGUUUUACGUCGGUCGCAGCGGUGUGUCUGGAAGAGGGAAGAUUGGUGGGGAGGAGGAGGAUAGCGCCGGGGGGGUGGGCCAGGGCAGCCAGAAUGUUGCCCUCCAUCGAGGGCUCGUGAUCACCGAGGAACUGCGGAAGGAGAUCUUGAACCCGUUGGCACAGAGGUUCAAGUUGCUGCGACGGGCCCACUGA